CGGUCCCUGACCUCAGCAAACCCAGUCUAGGGGUUGGAUCCUUCGCUCGCUCGCUGCGUAGCCGUGACCCAUCGCGAUCGCAUCUCGUUUAAGGGGGGCCCUAGCAGCCCCCCAACCCUCCCCCUUCCCCGAUCUCUCUCCUAAUAUCUCUCAAACUAUAUCAAAACCCCCCUCCGCCUUUAGCCAGUCAGUCCUUAACCAGCCGUCUAGAGAGAGAUCACCACACCGACUCGGCGCCAACUCAUCAUCAUCCAGCGUGGGGCUUCGCGUCCGUGAUCACAGCCGGUGGUGGUGGUGGUGGAGAAAUAGGCAUCGCGAGGAGGAUGAUGAUGAUGAUGUUGUUUUGAUGCUGCAAUUGUUGUCUCCUGAGCCCGUGAACGAGACACUGGGAGAUCCGUGCACGAGGACUUCGGAGAGCAGGCAGCAGAGCAGUGAUUUGGCCGCACCGCGGGGAGACUGCGCACGCCCCUCGGCAUCGUCACACGUCCUCGCCGUGCGGUGGGUUUCUCCGGCGAGCGACCGAGUAGGCGAGCGAGCGGUCGAGUGCCCUCUCUCCGGUUCCGCCGACCGUCGCCAUGUCCGAACACCCGAGCGACAGCGAUUACUCGGCGACCUACGACGACCGGCACAGCGGCGGCGGGAAGGCGACGCCCCCGGGCAAAUUCAAGUUCUCGGACAAGAACAGCGACGAGUACAAGCGGCGGCGGGAGCGCAACAACAUCGCCGUCAAGAAGAGCCGCAUCAAGAGCAAGGAGAAGGCCGAGGAGACGCAGCGGAGGGUGAACGAGCUCAAGGAGGAAAACGAGCGCCUGGAGGCCAAGAUCCAGACGCUGUCCAAGGAGCUCGUGGUGCUCAAGGAGCUGUUUCUGGAGCACGCGAGGAACGGGCCGGGAGGUGGCGGCGGACCUGGGGGAGGGCCGGCUCAAGCGGGCGGUGGCGGGGGUAGCAGCGGCGACGCCGCCUAACAGAGAAGGAUGGGGGAGGAGGGGGGUGGUCGAAGCCCCGAUCAUCCGAGUUCGCCUCCACACAUCCGGUAGAAGUUGACAAAUGGCAUCGGCGACCUGGGUGGUUGCCAAUCACAUUGUCCACUUUGUUUGCUGCAUCUCGCCCUCCCACGGCUUCCCACCGCCCCGCUGACAUCCCACCCCCUCUUGCCCCCCCACGCGCCCAACCCACAUAAUUUUCGGACGAGCCGCUUCAUCCCACCGUAAUUUGAGUUGUUCCUUCUGCUGGCGCACCUGUCCGAUUCGCAGUAUCGCUCUUGCUGCACCCCGCUAUUUAAGAAUGAUCCACGCACCUUGGGGUGAAGAGAAGGGUGGCCGUGAAGUGCGUUCGAAGCGUGCUCCUUGGAAACGCUUUUUUGAAAACGUCUAUCGAACAUUUGUAAGCCGUGUCGUGGAAAAAUGGCAGUACCAUUGAAAGCAAAAAAAAACAAAAACAUUUCAGCGUGCAGAGGUUUUUAACAGUAACCUUG